CAUAAGGAGAUUCCGAGUGAUAGAAUAAUUUGUUGUUUUAUUUCUCAAGUUGGUUUCGCCUUUAUGUUGUCUACCUUUAUUGGCAAGUCAUCUUCAUCCUCAACAUUAUUAAGGAAUUUGAAAUUUGAACAUUGGAUCUUCAAAAUUCUGAAGUAGAAUUUAGAUAAAAAUUUGAAGAGGUAAUAUACACAAUUUGAUAAAUGGAUAGAGGGAAAUAAUAUUAAAAAAGAACAUAAAUAAAAUAAAAUAUCACAAUUCCCCUGAAGAAUACGCAUACUUGGAUCUCAAAUUAUGAAAUGUCAGCGAAUUGAAUCCCUAAUUACAAAGGUCAGCGAAUUUAACCCCUUAUUCGCGAAUUGAAUCCCGGUCAGCGAAUUUAACCUCUUUUUCCGAGAUUUCUCUUAAAGUAACCGUACAUCAGUAAACUGUUAUCCGGAAAAAUCAAGCACAUUCAUAAUCAUUUUGACGCCUAUAGCUAUAGAUCUUCCUUUAAACCUGACUCCGUUUGCCGUAUACAUUCCUUUUUCUGAAAAAAAAAAUUAGAACUGUUUCAGCUGUGUGUGUAGAUUAUAGCUACGGGAGGUGUUGAUCGAUUCGUGAAUGGAAGCCAUCAGAAAACAAGCGUCCAGACUCCGAGAGCAGGUCGCCAGGCAACAGCAGGCUGUUUUGAAGCAGUUUGGUGCCUAUGGUGGUUCAGAUAAUGUCAUGCCGGAUGAUGCAGAGUUCCAGCAGCACCAAAAGCUUGAAAAGCUAUACAUAUCCACUCGAGCUGCCAAGCAUUUCCAGAGGGACAUUGUUCGUGGUGUUGAAGGCUAUAUAGUAACAGGGUCCAAACAAGUCGAGAUAGGAACAAAAUUGUCAGAAGAUAGCAGGAAAUAUGGUGUUGAAAAUACAUGUACCAGUGGGAGCACGCUAUCAAAAGCUGCAUCAAAUUUUGCCCGAACUCGUGCGCAAAUGGAGAAAGAACGUGGAAAUCUGUUGAAGGCCUUAGGCACGCAGGUGGCAGAACCAUUGAGAGCUAUGGUUAUGGGAGCUCCAUUGGAAGACGCUCGUCAUCUAGCACAAAGAUAUGACAGGAUGCGGCAAGAGGCUGAAGCUCAGGCUGUUGAAGUUGCAAGAAGACAAGCCAAAUUCAGGGAAGGAAAUGCCCAUCCUGACAUGGCUUUUAAACUUGAGGCAGCUGAGUCUAAAUUACAAGAUCUGAAGUCAAAUGUGGCCACUCUGGGGAAAGAGGCUGCUGCUGCCAUGGCUGCCGUAGAAGCUCAACAACAAAGGUUGACACUGCAACGACUAAUUGCCAUGGUUGAAGCUGAACGAGCCUACCAUCAGCGAGUUCUUCAAAUACUUGAUAUGCUAGAAGGCGAAAUGAUGUCUGAGCGCCAAAGAAUUGAAUCUGCUCCUGCACCUGCUGCUGCUGCUGCAAUUCCAAGCAUGGGCAGUAUGCCUGCACCUCCAGCAUAUGAAGAAGUAAAUAGUCUGCCUACUUCACCAGUACAGGAUGGAUCAACCGAUGCCAUGGGCUACUUUCUUGGGGAGGUCAUGUAUCCUUAUCAUGCUGAAUCUGAUGUGGAACUUACUUUGUCAGUUGGAGACUAUCUCGUCAUUCGAAAGGUUUCGAACAACGGCUGGGCUGAAGGUGAGUGCAAAGGCAGGGCCGGUUGGUUCCCGUUUGGGUACAUUGAGAGGCGUGAGCGUGUUCUUGCUAGCAAGUUUGCAGAAGUUUUUUGAACUAUUCUCAUGAGUUUCGUUUUGUAUUCCUGUAUUGUUGGAAUAUAUGCAUAAUAUUAGAGUUCGCCUACUACAGAAAGGAUAACCCUCCCUUUCUUUUCUCAAUUCAUUAUUUGGUGCAAAUUUUGCAGAUUGGUGUAUUUUGCCUGCAGUUUUAUCGAGUUAAUUUGUUUCUGGUUUGUAUGUGUAAAAUAACAAAAUGUCAUGUUUUCUUUUUUCUAUUUGCGUUAACUUCAAUUGCAUUUCAUUUGCUUUUUC